AAGUGACUGUGAAUAAUGUUGAGAGCGCCCACACAGCACAUUGUGGAACUGGGUUUCGGUACAGCGACAGCAGCGGCCGCCACAAACGAAAAGCAACAACAGCGCAAAAGUUUACUGCAAAAGCUCAAGCAGCAGCAGCAAAAGCUACACAAGCCAUUGACAGCGGCAGCAGCAGCGACGUCAGCGGAAGCGCCGGAGACAAAUCAAAAGAGAGCAGCGCGGGCAGCAGCUGAUUAUUAUUUUAAGCAGCAGCAGCAGCAAAGCGAAAAGUGUUUGUUAUUGCUGGCAACAACGAUUACAGCGGAGCAGCAGCCGCAGAAGAAGAAGAAGGAGCACACUAGCUAUAGCUUUGCAGCUGCGCUGCGGCGCAACAAGAAGCCAAAAACAACAACAAACCCAACAGCAGCAGCAGCGGCAGCAGCAGCGGCAGCAGCGGCAGCAGCAGCGACAGCGAAAGAAACAGACGACGACAGCAGCAGCAAUCAAAGCUGUCGCAGCAUUAAUAGUAAUAACAAAAACAACAACAGUUUGUCUAAUAGUUGCAUUAACAACCAUAACAACAACACUCAUUAUAAAAACAGUAAAAACUGCAGCGGCAGCAACAGCAGCAACAACAGCAACAACAACUACAUAAGUAAUUACAAUUUCAAAACAAGUGAGCAACAAGCGUGGAAAACAGUAACAACAACAACAGCAACAGCAGCUGCACAACAACAGCUGCUCAUUAACAGCAGCAAUCGACGCAAAAGCAGCAACAAUAACAUACACAGCAACAGCAACAGCAACAACAACAACAACAUGUCACCCACAUCGCAGGCACCUACACGAACAUCUCUGUUCGAUUCCUGUCAUCGCAAGAUCCGUCUAAUUGGCGGCGGUCCAGUUGCCUUCUUGGGCGGCUUAGUGGCAAAAGCGCGUCGCAAAGAGCGCGAUGGCGAUCAAAACUCAACAGAUACCAAAUUGUAUUUGGAGGAGAGCGUCCUGGAACGCAAACUACCUGAAGCUGAUCUCAAAGCCCUUGUCGAUCUUCCAGCUGGCUUGGACUACAACGAAUGGCUAGCCUCACACACUCUGGCUCUCUUCGAGCACGUGAAUUUGGUCUAUGGAACUAUUAGUGAAUUUUGUACACAAUCCGGUUGCGCAGACAUGACCGGGCCGGGCAACAGAACGUACUUAUGGUUCGAUGAGAAGGGCAAGAAGACGCGGGUCGCGGCACCGCAAUACAUCGACUAUGUGAUGACCUUUACGCAGAAAACGGUCAGCGACGAAUCGAUAUUUCCAACCAAAUACGCGAACGAGUUUCCCGGCUCGUUCGAGUCAAUCGCCCGGAAGAUUUUACGCUUGCAAUUUCAUGUGAUAGCGCAUCUGUAUGCGGCGCAUUUCAGAGAAAUCGCGCUGCUCGGCUUGCACACCCAUUUAAACUUGACGUUCAUGCACCUCACGGCGCUGCAUCGCCGCUUCAAUCUGAUCGACGAGAAGGAGACGGACGUGCUGCGCGAUCUGGAGGUGGCGCUCCGCCUAACCGACGACAACAGCGUCUGCGGCCACGACUCGCUAGCCGAAUCCGGCUCAACCUCCGUGUCCGCAACCGCUUCGCUCUCUGCCGCCAACUGUGAGCAGCAGCAGCAGCAGCAGCACAGCAGCAGCAACAGCAACAGCAAUUCCUCCGGCGAGGCGCUGCACGUCAAUUCACAAAGCAUCUGCGGCACAUCAGCAGCCUCGCCGGCGUCGUCUCUAAUUGAUGGCGAUGCUGCCGCCCCGCCCAUCUGCACGCAGCCGGAGGCGGGCGCGGCCGGUAAGCCGCCCGGCAGCGGUGGCCUGUUGGGUGGCAUUUUGGGUGAUUUAACCAGCGGCGAAUUUGGUGAUACGACCCGCUACUGCACCUCGGCAGUUCCUCCUCAUGCGGCUGGCACGGAUGCCGCUGCCGCCGCCGCCGCCAACACAUUGCCACCGAAUGGGGCAACAAAUGGCGCACUACAUUUAAAUUUUAGCAACAAUAACAGCAACAACCACAAUUUGAAUCACUUGAACCAUCACCACCAUCAUCACACCCAUCACCAUCACCACCAUCAUCCGCACACCCAUCUGCACCACCUGCAGCAGCAGCAUGCGGCAUCUGCAGCGGCGUCGGCAGCGGCAGCGGGGGCGGGGGCGUCGCCCACAACGCAGCACAGCGGCCUCAUACAGUGCAAUGCAGCGGGCGCAGCAGCUUCUGCGGGCGGCGGCAGCAACAGCAACACAACAGCAACAACAUAGUGUGACAGCAGCGGCAGCAGCAACAACAACAACAACAAACAAACAAACAAAAAAACAUUAGAAAUACUAGAAUUACGCAAAAAUGUUAUUUAAUGUUAUUACUUCUAUGAUCCUAAAGUUGAAAAUAUUGUAAAAAUAAAACAAACAAAAAACAAAACAUGAAAAAUUGUAAAACACAAUUAUCGAUAAUCGAUAGUCGAUUGCAGUUCGACAGUUGCGUAGUUCCAUAGAGCACACACAAACACACACGUUCAUUCUAGGAGUUGAUAUGUAUAGAAAGAGAGCUGCAAGCUUAGACCUAGAGAGCGACAGAGAGAGAGAGAGAGAGAGAGCAAUUGCGAGUGCGAGAGAGCGGUUGGUCUCAUGCUACGUGACGCUUAAUAAGCUUUAUAUGUAACACCCACAACCAGGCCGCCCCACGCCCUGAGAAGCCCAGAAACACACAAAUGACAGUUAAAAGGCAUAGCCUAAAGGCAAAUACAGGCAAAUUAGUUCAUAAAUCGAACAAAACAACAAGUUGAUAAACUAUAGUAAUAAUAAAAACAAAAUAAAACAAAACGAAACAAUAUUGUAAAAAUGUUAAGAGAACACCUUAGAGAAAUAACACGCAAAUUAAAUGACGCACGGUCACACUGUUAGCUUUAACAAUCUCACCCAACUGGCAAGUCCUUCAACUCAAUUGUAUAUUACUUAAUUUGUAUUUUAGCUAUUUUCUGUGCAUACGAAAUCGUAAGAGUAUUAAUUGCAAGGCAGAUUUCAUAGAGUUAUCGACUGUUUAAUUCGUAGAGUAAAACAUGUUAAUAUACCUCAAUAAAUAUUUAAAUGUGCAUAACCCUAAAAACACAAUUUAAUAUUCAA